CCCCGCAACAAUGUGACGUUGUUAUCCGUCCACGUAGAUGUGAGCAAACCCGGCAAAGUUUCAGCUCAAGGAAACCAGCACAUUUCUUACCCAGUCAGGCGACUCGCAAGCUCCUCGGAGAUGGAUAAAUUAAAAUCUGUUUUAAGCGGCGAGGAAGCGCGAAGGGAUGACCGAACCAUUUUAGAGACUGUAAAUGAAGCCUCCACCAUAGGCUGGGGGACGCGCCUGAAGGGCUUCAUCGCCUGCUUCGUUGUGGGGGCCGCCUGCACCAUUUUGGGAGUGUGUUGUCUCUUCCUCCCCAAGAUUGGCAUCACUCUCUUCAUUGUCUUUUACACUUUUGGAAACUUAUGUGCGCUUUGCAGCACGAUGUUUCUAAUGGGCCCGUUGAAGCAGCUGAAGAGGAUGUGUGACAAGACGAGAGCCCUGGCCACCGCGCUUAUGCUUACCUGCCUCGUGUUGACCCUCUGUGCAGCCUUCUGGUGGAAAAACUUUGGACUUGCUUUGUUAUUCUGUAUUUUACAAGUCUUGUCUUUUACCUGGUACAGCCUGUCAUACAUCCCGUGUGUGAGGGAGGCUAUCCUGAAGAUGGUGGCUAUGUGCCUGAAGUGAGCCCUGCGUUGGGGCGGAGCCUCAGACUGGAUGAAGUAUUUUUAAAGAAAGGGGCAGGUCUUUAUGGAGGUUGCUAAAACAACCUGCUUGUGGGUCUACUGAAUACUCUUUUUAACGGGUGGAAAAAGCACAUUUACACCCUUUUUAUUACUUAAAUGAUGUCUCUGCUUGUUGAAUUUGUAGCUUAUCUAACGAUUAAGUUUUUAACAAAAUGUUAAUAGCCUUGGCGUUUGUGUAAUUUCUGUAAAUAUCUGUAAUAAAUUAAUGUAUUAAAGCUAUUGUAAAUUAACACAUGUCAUUCAUCACUAAGUAUAUGAAAGUUUAAGGUUUAAUGUGUUUUAAGAACCUGUACACAUUUAUUCGAAUGUCUUUUAAAUAUUUGUAUCAUCUCAAACAAAUAGUUUAGCCUUAGAUAAUUAAUAGAAAUAACUACACAAUGUUUGCUUAUCAGAAAUAUACGAUAGAUGUGCUGCAAAGCAGCAGUUUCGACCAGUGGUGCAACAUUUUGUCCAAGUUUUGGGGGGCUUUUCCUUCUUUUCACAUCAGUUGCACGUUUGCUCUAUUGUCAGUGUGCUCAAAAUGUCUCAUUUGACUAAAACACACCCAGUGAAUCGAUACUUAGGACAAAUGGUAAAUAAAUUGUGAAUUGUAAUUAAAUUGAAU